UACACUGUGUACACAGCAGCACAUGGAAUGGAGCUGUGUGUUAGGGGGGGCGGUCGCCCCGUUCGCCCCCCCCUAAAUCCGGCCCUGGGUCCCGGGGACUUCCGUCCUUAUAGCACGUGGUGAUGGCGCGAAUGCCAAGUCCAUAUUAAUCCCUGCAAUAUGCUCAGCAGCCAGUAGAGGUCGCCAGAACCUCUGUAUUCCAGCCUGCGGCGCUGCGGCUGCUCCCGUGACACAGGCGGCUCAGCCUCCCACUCAGCGACCUCCUUCUGCGGCUGUGACAGUAGCUCGGCGGCGGCUGCAGGACGUGUGUUCCCAAAUACUCCCAACCAGCUAAAACAGUGUAAGCUUCGCUCAGAAUAUCUCCAGUCUCUGCACCACCUUCACCGUCUAUUGCCACAAAGUCAUGGGAGUUUCCAGGUGUCACACUACUAGAGCUCCGAUCUGGGAUAGUCCUCCUACAGUAGAUUUGGACCAGUAGGAAGCUGACAAUGACAUAGUGACUCUGGAAUUGUGUAUUGGACUGUUUGGUACAAGAAAAUAAAAGACUGUCCUUAGAAGAUGGCAAAAAUUGCAGAAGUGAAAAUCGCUGUGUUUGGCCGAGCUGGUGUCGGUAAAUCUGCUCUUGUGGUGAGAUUUCUAACCAAAAGAUUCAUCUGGGAGUAUGAUCCAACUUUAGAAUCUACAUAUCGCCAUCAGACAACUAUUGACGAUGAAAUGGUGGCCAUGGAAUUACUGGACACCGCUGGUCAGGAAGACCCAUUGCAAAGAGAUGGUCACAUACGUUGGGGAGAAGGUUUUAUUAUUGUCUAUGAUGUCACUGACCGUGGAAGUUUUGAAGAUGUUAUGUCUUUUAAGAACUUACUAGACGAAAUAAAAAAACCUAAAAAUGUUACUUUUAUUCUGGUGGGAAACAAAGCCGACCUAGGUCACUCCCGGCAAGUUAGUACCGAGGAAGGAGAGAAACUCGCCACAGAACUGGCCUGUGCGUUUUAUGAGUGUUCUGCGUGCACUGGGGAAGGAAACAUCACAGAGGCGUUCUAUGAGCUGUGUCGCGAAGUAAGAAGACGAAAAAUGGUUCAAGGAAAGGCCAGAAGAAGAAGUUCCACCACACACGUUAAACAGGCUAUCAACAAAAUGUUAACCAAAAUUAGUAGCUGAGGAGAUUGAAUAGAAGUGAAAUGAUGUCAUACCGUUCUCUUUAUCCACUUGCUUUAAGACAUAUAUGCGAUAUCAGUAUUUAUUAUUGUUUUUUAUAACAUUGAACUGUUACGUAAACUUUAUUGUAAAUAACUAUAUUGUGUAAUAGCUUUGUUGCUUAUUUUAACAUAACUGGAAAAAAAAUGGUAAACAAUUUGUGAAAGUGUAAAAUGAGGAACAAGUCUAAAAAUUACCAGAAACUCAAUAAAAAUUAAGUAAUAAACAGCAA